UUAUGCGCAUCAGCAUCAAAGAACGUAGUAAGCCACCUCCAGAUAGCGGCUGGCGAAAAGCGGUGCACUUCUCGCCAACCGUUUACUCAAGUGACCACAUCACCGUUGUCUGCACCGCAAGAUGCCUCUGGCACUAAUAUCAGGGAAGCUACGAGAAUCUUUCUCCAAGAGGUCCUUCCGCUCCAGCUGCCGUUCAAGAUUGGGCGAUCUGCCCGACGAAGCCACCGAUGAUGAUCCCAUACCUCCUAUUACCAUGUCUAGGGGUCGCUUCAUGACAUUCGACAUUGAUCACCCGUUACACCAAGAGAAAGACGUCACCUGUAAUGGUUUUAAGGCAUCAAAUGGCGACGUCAUUCUUGCGCCUGGAGGUAAAGGCGGGAAAGAGCCGCAUGAAGAAAAAGCAAAUCAACGGCGACAAUGCUGGUUCGCGUCCUUUUUUCUGCCUGCAAGGAUGCGGCGAAAUACAAAGAUUCUCGGGAGCACGGAGGCCAUCAUGCAGGAGAGAACAAGGCAGGAAGAAUCCGGACACUGGAUCAUCCACCCUUGUAGCACGUUUAGGGUGUAUUGGGAUGCCUGCAUGGUGCUGUUACUCAUCGUAAACCUCAUAGUCAUUCCCCUGGACGUAGCGUUUUUCUCAGACAUUGAGAACGUUGGCUGGAUGACCUUCCAUCUUGCUUCAGAUGCCAUCUUUUUCAUCGAUAUCAUUUUCAAUUUUCGCACCGGUGUGGUAACGACGGAGGGACACGAAAGAGUCAGCCUGGACCCCAAAUUCGUAGCUGCCCACUACUUGCGGUCUUGGUUCGUGCUAGACUUCCUCAGUACGAUACCAUUUGAUUACUUGUGCGUCGUCUUGGAUCACUUCAUUGCUGGCAUAAGUCGAAGUGACGGCGAACCAGACGGACUCUCUGCAAUUCGCCUACUACACCUCACGAAGCUGCUUGGCCUUCUCAAACUUCUUCGACUUUCUCGGCUUGUACGCUACGUGCGCAACUGGGAGCAACAGUCUCAGUUCUACUUCUCGUCAGGAGUGUAUGUCCGCCUCUUCAACAUCGUGUGCCUAAUGCUCCUGAUCGCUCACUGGAAUGGGUGUCUCCAGUUCUUUGUUGCCAUGCUACAAGGGUUUCCUGAGAACAGCUGGGUCGCGUUAGAUGGAAUUCAGCACAAGUCCCGUGUGGAGCAAUACUCGUGGUCCAUGUUCAACGCCAUGUCUCAAAUGCUGUCCAUCGGGUACGGAAGAAAUGCUCCGGUUAGCGUCAUUGACAUGUGGCUUGUCUCUAUGGGCAUGCUCACUGGGGCAACCGGGUACGCCCUUCUGAUCGGUCAUGCCACGAACUUGAUUCAAUGUCUCGACUACUCCAAGCGCCUUCACAGAGAAAAGAUGAAGCAGAUUGAAGAAUACAUGCAGUACCGUCGUAUGCCAAAGGACUUGAGGUUUCGAGUCCGCGAUUACUUCGAAAACAGAUACCAGGGGAAAGUCUUUGAUGAAGACGCCAUCUUGGCUUUCAUGUCACAGCCGCUAAGAGAGGAAGUCAUGAAGCACAACUGCCGUACCACAAUUCGAACAGUGCCUUUCUUGUCCCACGCCGAUCCAGCAUUUGUCAGCGACAUGGCGACACGCCUUAGGUACGAAUUCUUCCAGCCGGGUGACGUGAUAAUCAAGGAAGGCACACUGGGAACCAAGAUGUACUUCAUCCAGACAGGAACCGUGAAGAUAGUUCUCCAUGGCGGACAGUUCCUUGGCACACUUUCAGAAGGGGCCUACUUUGGAGAAAUAUGUCUCCUGACAAAGACAAGACGCAAUGCAAGUAUCGUCGCCGAAACCUACUGCGACAUGUUCUCGCUGUCUUCUGAACACUUCAACGAAGUUCUGCUGCAAUACCCACAGAUGCGGUCGUCCAUCGAGUCCUUGGCUAACCAGAGAAUAGCACAAAAUUCCACUUUCCUCAGCACAGAGAGUGAAGACUUGUGAAACAGAAUCAGUGCAAUCAUCAGGCCUCGUCAUCAAAUUUGUAAAAACAAAUAUGUGAAUCUAGUCAACAGUUGGUGCAAAUAAAGUUUCGGUAAGCCCUCGUUAUAAGGACGCCAACGUGGGACCGCAAUAAAAGUUCGAUAUAAGCGCCAAUUCGAUAAAAGCUGCAGAGACACGGAAACAGUAUAGUAUCGGAAACACCGCAGGAGCCUUCAAAACAUUAUUCAAGCAAGCAAGUAAACCUUUGACCACAUUGGCAGCCUAGAGAAAGGGCAUGAGCUGCAUUUAAGAUGGGUUUUGCUUAUACAUCCUUGCGCCUGUUCACCCUUUGCCCUAAACGGAGCCGGCAGACAGGACACAUCGAUUAAUCGUGAUAGAAAAACAUGCAUUUCUGUCGAAACAGCGUGGGACUAAAGCGAUAUUUCGUAAUAAGAAAUAAAACGAUUUCG